UAUCCGUUGGAUGGGGGCGUCCUGCCUUGGCCUAGAGAGGACAUCGAGCGUCCGCGUCCACCACCACAAGGCUAGGCCCCUCGGGAAGCCACUACACUCCACUGCCAGUCUGCCACACUCCUGCCACUGCGAGAGGAAGACAAGCCGGACCCCAUGCCUUUGUCCUCCUCGUGCUCCGUCGAGCCGGACCACCACGCUACCAAAGGCGACACCGACGGCGCCGUCUCGUUCCUGCGAAGGCAGCACGACGUCGACGCGGUGUGCGACAGGUACGGCGUCCCCAGGGACCGGUACACCGCGCGCCCUGCCGGCGACCUGCGCGCGAGCUCGCCCCCGCCGCCGGGGUGCGUCUGCGUGUAUGCGGAGGCGCUGGAGGCCGGGAUGCGCGCCCCGCCCCACGCCUUCUUCUGCGACGUGCUCGCCCAUUUCGGCAUCGCGCCGACCCAGCUCACGCCCAACGGGUGGCGCAUCUCGGCGGGCUUCCUGGUGCUCUGCCACUCCGCCGGCGUGCCGCCGUCGCUCGCCGUGUUCCGGCACUUCUUCCUGCUGUGCGAACUCAGCCACAAGCACAAGGGGUGCUACUUCUUCCGCUCCAGGGACACCUCCGGCCUGCGCUUCAGGGGGAUGCCGAGUUGCAUCAAGGACUGGAAGAACUCGUUCUUCUUCCUCUCGUCGCCGGAGCCGUGGCCUUUCCCCGUGGAGUGGGGCGAGCCGUCCAAGAUCUCUUUCACGGAGCCGGUACUUAACAGCGAGGAGAAGAAACACGCGGCGAAGCUACUGCGCAGUUAUGCCGGCGGCGCCGUUGACAUCGACAAAUGUCUCUCCGACAGCAACCUUGCAGCCGCCAUGGCACCUGCCGGAUCUGCGCCGCCGCCGCCGACGCCUUCUUUUACUCGCAUUGCUUCCGAUUCCAAAGGCAUGGAUCCCUCUGUCUACGAGAUGAUGAAGAAUAUGCUGGCGGAGAAGGCGGCCGCUCAGGCGUCGGCGUCGGCGAAGAAGGUGAAAGCCGAGCCGGGCAGCCACGCGCCAGGGUCGCCGCCGUUGUGCGCAAAGAAGAGGAAUCGGGAGGAAGCCAACAGCGAGGAGGGCCCGCCUCGUUCUCUGCUGAACGCGCCGCUGUCCGGGAUGCGCUCGCCACCGCCGGGGUUCCCCAUCAGCCACGAUGGAGACGGCACGGACUGGGAGGCUGCACGGGAGCUGCUGCAGGGCACGGUCGCGCCACCGCAGCAGCGUAUGUUUGCGGCGAACAAACCGUCGGAUGUCGUCCCGGCGAGCUAUGUUGCCAUCCUCCAGGCGGCGAACUACGUGUCUUCCUCCUUGGGCUACGCGCUGGAGCUGGAAGAGAAGCUGGCGGCGCGGAACGCGGAGGUCGCGGCGCUAGAGAAGCAGCUGGCGGAGACGAAGGGCGAGCUCGCCGUGGCGAGGGCGGAGCGGGACAGUGCGAGAGGGGCGCGCGCUGGAGCGCUGGAAGAGUGGUAGGAGAGCGGCACGGAGGACACGAGGCCACGUCGCUCCGAGCCUCGUUGUCCCGUGCGCAAAGAAAAGGAAAAAAAAUUCCGUGUUGCAAACUCAAUCCCGUGCAUACCCUUGCCCAUAUGCGCCCACC